UAACGUUGUAAGAGAAAUAUGCUGUAACGAGCGUAUCUAAAAAAAAAGGAAACCUUUAAGAAUGCAAAGCAACAUAUUGCGUUAGUAGAGAUGGGCACCAUUCAUAAUAGAUUUCUCUAAAAUCCUUAGAGUUUAUUUUCCAUAAAAAGUUUACUACGUGUUUAAUGUCGAUUAACAAUAACAUCGCUCUGUUACUGCGUUUAUAAGUCAUGUUGUGAAAGUAGUAACAAAUUUUUAAGUUAGGCAGCUACACAAUACAAAUUCUAUUGUUGUUUGUGACCAAAGAAAAGUUUGUGAACAAAAAAAAAACCUUUUUGAUUUAAAAAAGGCAAGAACGUAAAUUUCGUAUAUAGUUAAGAGAAAUUUAGCUGUGCUUUGAAAAGAAAAGUGUGACAUAUAUAUUAAUCGAAAAUGAACACAUCAUCGAAUGGAGCAAUACCAAAACAUGAUAAAAACAGUAGCAAUUCAAAUGUUAUUGCUGCUGCUGCUGCUGCUGCUCGCUCUUCUCCUAGCGAACGCAUCACUCUCUUGGUCGACAAUGUACGUUUCGUUAUUGAAAAAGAGUUGGUGACCGCCCAUCCGAAUACUAUGUUGGGUACAAUGUUUAGUACUGGUUUUCAGUUUGUUCAUCCGAAUGAUCGUGGAGAAUAUGAAGUGGCCGAAGGCAUUUCGCAUUCUUUAUUUCGCUCAAUAUUAGAUUAUUAUAAAACCGGUGUAAUCAAAUGCCCACCUACGAUUUCGGUUCCUGAAUUGAAGGAGGCCUGCGAUUAUUUAUUAAUACCAUUUGAUGCUACUACAGUGCGCUGCCAAAAUCUACGAGGCCUUUUGCAUGAAUUAAGCAACGAAGGAGCUCGUCAACAAUUUGAAUUAUUUCUCGAAGAAUUUAUACUGCCAGUUAUGGUGACUUCAGCUCAAAAGGGUGAUCGCGAGUGUCACGUAGUUGUGCUGCUGGACGACGAUGUCGUCGAUUGGGAUGAAGAAUUUCCUCCGCAAAUGGGUGAAGAAUAUUGUCAAACGAUACAUAGCACAACAAUGCAUCGUUUCUUCAAAUACAUCGAAAAUCGCGAUGUCGCCAAGCAAGUCAUGAAGGAUAGGGGACUUAAAAAAAUACGCUGCGGCAUUGAGGGUUAUCCAACGCACAAAGAGAAAAUUCGCCGCCGUCCUGGCGGCCGUGCCGAAGUGAUUUACAGCUAUGUUCAACGUCCUUUCAUACAUAUGUCUUGGGAGAAGGAAGAAGCUAAAAGUCGCCAUGUCGACUUCCAAUGCGUCAAGUCCAAAUCAGUAACAAAUCUGGCUGAAGCAAACGCGGAUCCACCACUUGAAAUAGAUGCAAGUGGUAAUCCCAUAGCACAAGCUGAAGUUCGACCAGAAGUUCGUGCCCAGUUCCGAGCCGACGGAGAUGCUGCGGCCGAAGUCCAAGACGCUGUAGCGGUAGUAGCUGUAGAUGAGGCAGCUGAUGGCGUUAUGAUGUUAAAUGAACUGGAGCAAGCAGCUGGCGGUGUCAAUGAGGACAGCGGAAACGACUAAAUAAAAAUCGAUCAAAUAUUGAAUAUGACGAAUUACGAUCUACGACUUUUACAAAUGAAAAGCAAAAAUGCACUCCCAAUAUUUCUUUGGAAAAAUUCAAUAUAUUUAUCCGUAAAAAAA